CUGAAUUUUUGGCGAGUUUUUUGGUGCGUAUUAGAACAAAAUCGUUUAACUUGCCAAUUCAGAUGCCAAACGAAGAUGUCGAGCUUGCCGCCGGUAACGGUGACGGUAACAGAGGCGUAGCUCCAAGAGCUGCGUCAAGCAACGAAACGCUGCCAGCAGAACACAACCAGAAAGGAAACAACGCUGGGAGCGGCAGCGCAAGUGUCAGCAACGAAUCAGACACUCCCCCGCCCGCCCAUGCAGUUAAGAGCAACGACGACGAACCAGAUGACGAGAACGAUGAGGAGCUCCUGGAGCGCAUGCGUGGUGAUGCUGUGGGUGAGACAAUGUACAGCAGGCGCUUCAUACUGCUGACGCUAAUGAAGCUCAGCCAACAAGAGGCGGGGUCGCUGGGGCAGGAGUUGGAGGAUGAUCUGUGCAAGGUGUGGGACAUGUCCGUGUCGCCGGAGGUGGUGACUCUCUUGCUGGAAAACGAUGCCAUCGAGCUGGCUAUGUACGCCAUAUCCGGAAGCGAUGACAUGCGCCUCUACGAGAUCCUCAUCGGUCUGCUGGGCAACAUGUGUGCUCAAGCUCGGUGCGUGGAGCAGCUGACGGGAAACGCGGAGUGGAUUGAGACCCUCCUCAAGCUGGCCACCUGCAUGGACACCUGCAUGCUGAUACAACUGAUGCGUGUGUAUCAGUACAUCAUGGUACAUGUGACCAGCGGAAAGGAGCAGUUUGCGAUAGAUUGGUACGUCUGCUUCGCCGCCUUCGAUGGCUCGGCCAGGAACCUAGGCUUCAUUCUGCAGCAGUCGGUGAGCGAUGAUCUCCUUACGGCUGCCCUGAAAGCCAUCAAUGCUGUCCUGGCCAGCUGUGCCUUGGUCGAGGAGGAAAAUGCCAACUCUACAGUCAAGCUGAAGCCCUUUGCGGAGGUUUUCCUGGUGCAAGAGCUCUGCGAGGGGGUGAACAAUUCGUUUUUGCGCCUCAUGCGCGAUGAUCAGGCGAAGAUGGCUGAUGAAGUCGGGGCGGAAGGUGAUGAACAGGCCGUCGAACCAGAUACCGAAGAAGACGCUGAUGUCGGCUACGAGUCAUGUUCCCCCAAAAUAACCUGUGAUGUGGAGAUCAUACAAACCUACCUCAACAUUUGCACCAUUCUUGUUCAACUGCCUGAAGCGCAGGCAUCGAUGGAUGUCUACGCCCCCAGCAUCAUAAAUUGCUUAUCGCGGAUUCUGGAAUUCCUUCUGCAGCCCCUGCAGCUCAUUCCAUUGGGCGAACGCCAAGAAGAGUAUCUCGACGAUGUGGCUCAUAUUUUUAGUCGCCUAAAUUAUUUCUAUCAAAAAGAUGCUUUCGGAAAUCUGCUAGAAGUGUGGUCAAGACUAAGACAGCACGUAGAAAACUACACCGAAGGCAAUGCAGACAGCAAUGACUUUGAGGACGAGGAGGAUGAAGCUCCCAAGGAGCAGUAUGUGGAGAAUUCCUCGAAGCUGCUGCGGCUGCUCGCGUGCAUGCUUGUCAAGGCAAGAAAUGCGGAGGACAUUCAAAAUCUACAAGACAUUGACGCCAGCAAAACCAAAUUCUUCAUUACCGCUCUAAUGGCUGAGCAGGAUGUGCUCUUCUCGAAGGCCCACGAGCGUCUGAGCGAAGUUUUAGAUAAGAAAUCGGGCCAAGCCUAAGAGAUAGCCCUCCUUAAUAGGAAAAACAAAAAGAAAGGACUGAUAUUUUAGCUUACAGCACAAUAUAUUCGUAACUUAAUGA